AUGCUUCGUAUCCGUGGCGACAUUCUCUUGUAUCAUCAGCAUCGAUCCGGCGGUCACAAGGUGCAGCCAACGUUCGAGCCGAGCUCCAUCAAAUCUGCACAUCUCCGCCUUUUGAUCCACGAACAUGCCCAAGCCAGCCCCAGCGAGGCUAUCGAAUGUCGGGUUGAAAAUUUUUCGACCAAAGAGCCUAUGCUCAACUCGUCAUUUAUUAUCGUCGUAGCCGCCGAUACGCCUGGAAAAAUACACAGACGGACUUGGUUCCGCUACAUUACAUACGUGGUUGCGGACCCCGAUUUCCCCCUCCCCCUCAAACGCAAGAGUCCAACCCAAGCCAAGACCAGACACUGCCUGAACCAGCAUAGACCGCCGAUUCGCAUGUUCGCUGGGCUGGGCCCCGAGCGCUGCGAAUGA